UAAGCAAGAAUUCCCUAUCCUGAGCAAGGCUUUAAGCCUAAAAGAAAGCAGAAAUAGGCACCACCAGCAAUAGAGAUGAGAAAUUCUGACGACCAGCCAAGUGGAGGAACCACAGUAUUGCAGCGUCUGCUACAAGAGCAGCUUCGCUAUGGCAAUCCUAGCGAGAAUCGCAGCCUGCUUGCCAUUCAACAGCAAGCCGCGGGAAACGGCCCACCUUUCUCCAGUGGCGCUGGCAACCCUGGUCCUCAAAAUGAGGUGUUGAGUCCCCAAGACCACCACCAACAGCUUGUAGCUCAUGUCGCUCGACAAGAACCCCAAGGGCAGGAAAUCCAGUCAGAAAAUGCCAUCAUGGAGAAGCAGCUGUCCCCUCGAAUGCAGAACAAUGAAGAACUCCCAACCUACGAAGAAGCCAAGGUUCAGUCUCAGUACUUCCGAGGCCAGCAGCAUGCCAGCGUUGGAGCUGCCUUCUAUGUGACAGGAGUCACCAACCAGAAGAUGAGGACUGAGGGACGUCCGUCAGUCCAGCGACUCAAUCCUGGGAAGAUGCACCAAGAUGAAGGACUCCGAGACCUCAAGCAAGGGCAUGUCCGCUCCCUAAGUGAACGAUUAAUGCAGAUGUCACUGGCCACCAGUGGGGUGAAGGCCCAUCCACCUGUUAACAGCGCUCCCCUCUCCUCACCACAGUCCAACGACCUCUACAAUAAUCCUGCAAGUUCCAGUGAAUUCUACAAGACCCAAGGGCCAACUCCCAACCAGCAUAGCCUGAAGGGCAUGGAACACCGAGGCCCCCCACCAGAGUAUCCCUUCAAGGGCAUGCCACCCCAGUCUGUAGUGUGCACAUCCCAGGAGCCAGGGCACUACUAUAGUGAGCAUCGUCUGAACCAGCCAGGCAGAACAGAGGGGCAACUGAUGAGGUAUCAGCAUCCCCCUGAGUAUGGAGCAGCCAGGCCAGCACAGGACAUCUCAUUGCCACUGGCUGCCAGGAACUCUCAGCCUCAUAGCCCUACUUCUUCCCUCACAUCUGGGGGUUCCUUGUCCUUGCUGCAGUCUCCACCAUCCACUAGAUUGUCUCCUGCCCAACACGGCUUGGUUCCAAACCAAGGCGACCACUCUUCUCACCUGCCUAGUAGGCCACAGCAGCAUUUCCUUCCUAAUCAGGCUCACCAGGGAGACCAUUACCGUCUCUCUCAGCCCAGCCUUAGUUCACAGCAACAGCAGCACCACCACCACCACCACCAACCCCAGCAGCAGCCACAGCCGCCGCAGCAGCCGCAGCCAGGAGAGGCCUACCCAGCUAUGCCUCGGGCGCAGCAGUCAUCUGCUUCUUAUCAACCUGUGCCGGCCGACCCUUUUGCCAUUGUUUCCAGAGCCCAGCAGAUGGUUGAGAUCCUCUCAGAUGAGAAUCGGAACUUGCGGCAAGAGUUGGAUGGAUGCUACGAGAAGGUGGCCAGACUCCAGAAGGUGGAAACAGAAAUCCAGCGUGUCUCAGAGGCAUAUGAGAACCUUGUGAAGUCAUCCUCCAAAAGAGAGACCCUGGAGAAAGCUAUGAGAAAUAAGCUUGAAGGGGAGAUUCGGAGGAUGCAUGACUUCAACAGAGAUCUGAGAGAGCGUCUAGAAACGGCCAACAAGCAGCUUGCAGAGAAGGAAUAUGAAGGGUCAGAGGAUACCAGAAAAACCAUCUCUCAGCUCUUUGCUAAAAAUAAAGAAAGUCAGAGGGAGAAGGAGAAACUGGAAGCCGAGCUGGCCACUGCCCGUUCUACCAAUGAGGACCAAAGACGACACAUCGAAAUCCGAGACCAGGCCCUGAGCAAUGCCCAGGCCAAGGUGGUGAAGCUGGAGGAAGAGCUGAAAAAGAAGCAGGUGUAUGUAGACAAAGUGGAGAAGAUGCAGCAGGCCCUUGUGCAGCUCCAGGCAGCGUGUGAGAAACGGGAGCAACUGGAGCACCGUCUCCGGACACGACUGGAGAGAGAACUGGAAUCUCUCAGAAUUCAGCAGCGCCAGGGCAACUCGCAGCCCACCAACGUUACAGAAUACAGCGCCACUGCUCUGAUGGAGCUGCUCCGGGAGAAGGAGGAGAGGAUCUUGGCCCUGGAAGCUGAUAUGACCAAGUGGGAGCAGAAGUACUUGGAGGAGAAUGUGAUGAGACAUUUUGCUUUGGAUGCCGCUGCGACCGUGGCUGCUCAGAGAGACACAACAGUCAUCAGCCACUCUCCAAACACCAGCUAUGACACAGCCCUAGAAGCUCGCAUCCAGAAGGAAGAAGAAGAAAUUUUGAUGGCCAACAAGCGUUGCCUUGACAUGGAGGGCAGGAUUAAGACCCUCCAUGCCCAGAUUAUUGAGAAGGACGCCAUGAUCAAAGUACUCCAGCAGCGUUCUCGGAAAGAGCAGAGUAAGACAGAGCAGCUGUCAUCCAUGCGUCCAGCUAAAUCGCUGAUGUCCAUUUCCAAUGCUGGUUCAGGCCUGCUCUCUCACUCUUCCACCCUGACGGGGAUACCCAUCAUGGAAGAGAAACGGGAUGACAAGAACUGGAAGGGGAGCCUAGGUAUUCUCUUGGGUGGAGACUACCGUGUUGAGUCUGUCCCUUCUGCACCUUCACCUGUGCCUCCCUCGACUCCUCUGCCUUCUGCUCACUCUAAGUCAGGCAGCCGAGAUUGCAGCACCCAAACCGAACGUGGAACGGAACCGAACAAAUCGUCCGCUGUUGCUCCAAUCUCUCUUCCUGCUCCAGUUGCUGCCGCCGCCUCUGCUGCCACCAACACCGCAACCACUGCCACCAGCACCACCACGGUGGUAGCUGCUGUUCCAGUUGCUGCGCCUGCUCCAGCUACUGCCGUUGCCACCCCAUCUCCAGCAAUCGCUGCUGCUGUUGCUGCUGUUUCUCCAGCUGCUGCUGCUGCGAUUCCAGUGUCUGCCUCUGCCGCUGCAGUUGCUCCGGCUCCUGCUGUUCAGGUUGUUCCAACCGCCUUGGUUCCAGUUCUGGCUCCAGUUCCAGCUUCAGCUCCACUUCCAGCUUCAGUACCCGCUCAGGUGUCUGCGCCGACUCACACUCAGGCACCGACUCCGGCUCCGAUUCCAGUUCCAGCUCCAACUCCAGCUUUGGCUCAGCCUGAGGCUCCUGCAAGUCCAGCUACCGGUUCUGGAUCAUGCCGUGUACCUAUCCCAAGUUUGGCCUGCAGUGUAGACAAAACAGAUGGUCCUAUGUUCCACUCCAAUACCCUGGAAAGGAAAACUCCCAUUCAGAUCCUGGGACAGGAGCCUAACGCAGAGUUGGUGGAAUAUCUCAUCUGA